CAAUCCUUGAAUAACAACAGAAUUAUCCAUUUCACAGGAAAGAAAAAAAAGGAAGGAAAAAACCAUAAAGAAGUUUUCACCCGACCACAAGUUCCCAAAACGUACAUUAUCCGAAAGUAGACUUUGCACAAUCAACCAGCAUCUAAGCCAGAGCUGCUGCUACGUUCAUGGCCGUUUCUUCACUCUCCCUGAGCUGGGUUCCAAGAACCUUCAAAGAAAAGCUGAACGAGCCUCGAUGGAGCGAGUCGCCUCCAAGCGGCGAGCUUCCUCUUCAUCACGCCAUCACAUGCUUGGGCGAUCACACUGCUGCAGCCUUCGAUGAAGAAAGCAACUGCAAGAGGAGGCCUCUGCUCUUGGGCGCUAUUGGGUCGUUAACUGCGAGUUUAUUGCCUGCCAGUUCUCUUCUAGCUCAAGGUGGGAUAACAGAAAUGCCGGCAAAUUAUCAAGCUUUCGUCGACCUUUCGGACGGGUAUUCGUAUUAUUACCCCUCGGAUUGGAGGGAAUUUGAUUUCCGGGGGCAUGAUUCGGCAUUCAAGGAUCGGUAUCUGCAGCUGCAGAAUGUGAGAGUCAGAUUCAUACCGACUGAUAAGCAAGACAUCCAUGAUAUGGGUCCGAUGGAUGAGGUUGUCUCUAACUUGGUGAAGAAUAUUUACGCUGCACCUAAUCAGAUAGCUAACAUUUUUUACAUGCAGGAGAGAACUGUGGAUGGGAAGGACUAUUACACAUUUGAGUAUGAGCUCAGAUCUUCAAAUUUCGCCAGUUGCUCUUUUGCAACCAUUGCAGUUGCAAACGGGAGGUUUUACACUCUGACCGUCGCAGCGAAUGAGAGAAGGUGGAGAAGAGUAAGGAACAAGCUUAAAGUAGUCGCGGACUCUUUUAAAGUGCUCGACAUCUGAGUCGUUUGUGCACAAGAGUACGCAUUCCGAGCACCAUCCGAGAGUUGCCAUGUAUUUUUACCUUGUUUAUAGAUGUGAUGAGGUCGAGAUCGUUGUCCAUGUUUUGAUUCAAAUUCUUUCAUCCCGCUCGUAACAAAGAGCUGAAUUCUGUCA